AUGGCUGACAAGUUGGAUGCCACUGUGUCCCACAGUGACAACGCGGCCGACGCCCACAUCAAGGGCGUCAACAAUGCCGCGUUGGCGGUGGCCACCAUCCAGCAGAAGCCCAAGCUUCUGAGCAAGAGCAUGCUCAAGCUGUACUGGUGCAUUGCAGUCGCUAUGCUCAACUCCUGCAUCAACGGAUACGACGGCUCGCUGAUGGGCUCCAUCAACAGCUACGAGCAAUACCGAUCAUACUUCGGCUUCGACCCCGACGAGGGAACGCCGUCGACGGGAAUCGUGUACGCCAUCUACACGAUCGGAAACAUCGUGGGCUCCUUCACGGCCGGCCCCUUCACUGAUUUCAGAGGUCGUCGCGUCGGCAUGGCCCUCGGCUCCAUCUUUAUCAUCAUCGGCACCAUCGUCCAGGCCACCUGCCACAACCUGGGCGGCUUCAUGGCCGGCCGCUUCAUCCUGGGUUUCGGCGUCGCCACCUCCGCCACCGCCGGCCCGGCAUACGUCUCGGAGAUGGCCCAUCCCGCGUAUCGCGGCGCAAUGACCGGUCUAUACAACGUGUUGUGGUUCGGCGGUGGCAUCCCGGGGACCUUCAUCCCGUGGCGCACGAGCGACAUCGAGGGGACCAUGAGCUGGCGGAUUCCGAUCUGGCUGCAGAUGAUCUUUUCAGGACUCGUGCUCUUGUUCUGCUUUACUGUUCCAGAGUCCCCCCGUUGGCUCAUCUCGCAAGACAAGCACGAAGCCGCGCUGAAGGUGCUGGCCGAGUACCACGGCGAAGGCGACCGCAACGCGCCGAUCGUGCAGCUCGAGUACCGCGAGAUGCUGGAGGACAUUUCCAAGACGGGAUCCGACAAGCGCUGGUGGGACUACCGGGAGCUAUUCAACAGUCGCGAGACGCGGUAUCGAUCGAUGCUGGUGAUCUUCAUGGCCUUCUUCGGCCAGUGGUCCGGCAACGGCCCCGUAUCCUACUACUACCCGCAGAUGCUGCGCGGCGCAGGCAUCGAGAACAACAACACCCGCCUGCUGCUGCAGGGGCUGCAGAACGUCGUGCAGUUCAUCGGCGCCGUGUUCGGCGCCCUCAUCACCGACCGCGUCGGUCGUCGCCCCCAGCUGCUCGUGUCCACCGGCCUCAUCGUCAUCCUCUUCGCCAUCGUGCUGGCCCUCAACGCGACCAACGUCGUCGACGGCCCCGAUGGCGAGCCCAUCGCCAAAAGUGGCGUCACAGCCCGCGCCCAAAUCGCCAUGAUCUUCAUCUUCGGUUUCGUGUACUCGGCUGGCUGGACGCCCAAUCAGGCUAUGUAUCCGGUGGAAUGUCUGCGGUAUGAGAGUCGUGCCAAGGGGAUGGGUAUGAAUAAUUUCUUCGUCAACAUCGCCUCCUUCUACAACACCUUCGUCACCGGCAUCGCCUUCACCGGCGCCGGCUGGAAAUACUACUUCCUGUUCAUCUUCUGGGACGCGUUCGAGUUCAUCAUCAUCUGGUUCCUGUUCGUCGAGACCAGCAAGCGCACGCUGGAGGAGCUGACGGCGAUCUUCCAGGCCAAGAGCCCGGUGAAAGCGUCGCUGAAAAAGGACGAGGUCUUUGUGGCUAGCGACGGAGCCGCGGCGAUCCAGAAGGAGGUUUAA